UGCCGAGGUGACGCAGAGACGCGGAUUAAGCUUGCCUUGUAGCUAACGCUAACGUUACAUUCGCUAAUCCAAAAACCAUCUAGUUGAGGAUUCUGUUGGAAGGAUUGGGAAUAGAUUUGACUGACCAGUACCCUAGAACUAACUAAACAAAUAUUCUGACCGAGUGAUUAUGGCGUCUGUCUUAGAUGUGCUAUGGGAAGACCGAGAUGUUAGAUUCGACAUCACUGCUCAACAAAUGAAAACGAGACCCGGAGAAGUUCUUAUUGACUGCUUGGAUUCUAUUGAGGACACGAAGGGAAACAAUGGUGACAGAGGGAGACUUUUGGUGACUAACCUAAGAAUCAUCUGGCAUUCACUUGCUCUACCAAGAGUCAACCUUUCUGUGGGAUACAACACCAUCAUCAACAUCACAACUAGAACAGCCAAUUCAAAACUAAGAGGACAAACAGAAGCUCUGUACAUACUAACCAAGUCCAACAACACCAGGUUCGAGUUCAUUUUCACCAAUGUGGUACCAGGCAGCCCAAGACUGUUCACAUCUGUCAUCGCUGUACACAGGGCCUAUGAAACCUCUAAAAUGUACCGGGACCUGAAGCUCAGGGGAGCUCUGAUUCAGAAUAAACAGUUGCGACUGCUUCCACGAGAGCAAGUUUACGACAAGAUCAACGGAGUGUGGAAUUUAUCCAGUGACCAGGGCAACCUGGGGACCUUCUUCAUUACCAAUGUCCGGAUUGUGUGGCACGCCAACAUGAACGAGAGCUUCAACGUCAGCAUUCCCUAUCUACAGAUACGCUCCAUCAGAAUAAGAGACUCCAAGUUUGGCUUGGCCCUGGUGAUCGAGAGCUCGCAGCAGACAGGAGGGUAUGUUCUCGGCUUUAAGAUCGACCCAAUGGACAAACUGCAGGACGCGGUGAAAGAGAUCAACUCGCUGCACAAGGUCUAUUCUGCCAACCCCAUCUUUGGAGUGGACUACGAGAUGGAGGAGAAGCCUCAGCCACUAGAGGAGCUGACCGUGGACCAGCCUCCUGAUGAUGUGGAGAUCGAACCAGAUGAGCAGACAGAUGCUUUCACUGCAUACUUUGCUGAUGGAAAUAAGCAACAGGACCGGGAGCCGGUGUUCUCUGAGGAGCUGGGUCUGGCCAUAGAGAAGCUGAAGGACGGCUUCACCCUACAGGGGCUCUGGGAGGUCAUGGGCUGAGUCCGGCUCAGGUCCGGCUGUGACUAGCGACGCCGAUCUGGUGUGGAUCCCUGCCAGACUCGGCCGCCUGCUUAUCUGGGGUCUAGUGCUCGGGGUCACGGCUGUCUGCACAGUGGUCUAAUGUAAUGGGAUGCUAUGGUAGUUACUCGCUUACCACAGUUAAGUCUGUGUUGGUAAUUGAAUGUUCA